AUGGUUAUUGAAUAUAACAAAGAGUUGAAGCCAUUGGAGAAGGCAUUGGAGGAAUGUAAGAAGUCGGCACUGUUUUGUUGUCAGGGCGAGUCAGAGUUGCCAAUGCCAAGGAUCGACGUGAAGGAUGUUGGUGUGCUAUCAUUCCCAAUGUCACAACAACAACUGCAGAGUAUGAUAGUCCAACGUGCGACACAUUGUGAUGGCAAAGGAUCACAUGUAUGGCAGAUACAGAACACAGACAUCAGCAUCACUGGUCGUCACUUCCACACGUUCUUUGACAGAGUGAUCGUUGCCAUCACGGCGUCGAUGGGUCUGACCAGCGAGAAAGUGACAGCAGAGUUGUACAAGAUGCUCAUAUAUGAAAAGGGCAGCGACUUGAAAGGAAUUGGGGCCGAGAAGGCUGACAAGAUGUUUGGAACACUCGUGCUCUCGUUGCCUUGCGCACAUCGUGGCGGUGACCUGGUCAUCAAACAUUCAGGUCGCAAUGAAGUGGUGUCAUUGGAGAAUGACUCAAUGUCAGCGAUCAAAUGGACAGCAUUCAUUACUGAUUGUCAACAUGAAGUCAAGCCAGUCACUGAAGGCAAUCGAGUGUGUCUCGUUUACAAUCUCAUGCGAUCCGGAGUCAAGAAACUAAAUGUCAACGUCAACUAUGCUGCGCCAAUCAUUCAAUCAUUGAACCGUAUCUUUGCUAUCAAUCCGCCAGUGCCCCCGAAACGAACAAGUGAAGAGGGCAUAAGUGCAAGUAACAAGAUCACCAAGAAGGCCAAGACCUCGACUACGACUACAUUGACGACCAUGAUGGAUGAAUUCCAAGAUGAGGACAAAGAUCUUGGUAAAAGACCUGAGAAGCUAGUCUAUGUACUGGAGUACGAAUACUCAAAGUCCGACUUCACUUUGGAUUCACUCGAUGGUGUUGACGCACUCUUGGCUCGUCAGUUGAUGUUAAUAUCCGAGGAGGCACAGAUCAAACUUGGUCUGGCAUUCAUGCACAUUAAUGAGUCUGGAGAAACAAAGAAUGGCAUUAAGGAGCAACGUAGAUUAUAUUUUUCCCUUAAGAAUGUCAAGGAUAUCGAGACUGGUGAGAUGAUCAUUGACGCAAAUACAUCAUUGGAAUACAAGGAGCUAAUUUCUGAGGAUUGUUGGAACAGUUUCAUACCGGACAAGGAGGAAAAUGAUCAUGACACCUACUCUAGGUACUACAAAUUGUCAGCAUUGUUGAUAUGGAGCACCGCGGUCAGUGGCAAGUUCACCAUGGUCAGUUCAGUGGACAUUGCUCUCUAUACUCUAAACAGGGAGUUGGUUAGUCUGGGCGGCAUCGAUGCCAACCCCUGUCGAUCGCUUGACCUCUUCAGAGCAAUGUGCACCUCCUUGGAAAGAAUCAAGCAGAAGACUCCCGAGUAUGUCACCUCGUUGCUCUCAAUCCUAUCCACAAUCAAAGAUGAUCGAUACAUGCCCGACUACCUCAAGUGA